AUGUUGCGCAACUUGCCCAUCGGAUACACCCAGGAGGCUCUUGUCGACGAGCUGCGUGACGCUGGCUUCGACGGCACGUACGACUUCCUCCACGUCCCGACCUACCUUGGGGCUCCGCACGGCACGGCCCAUGCCUUCAUCAAUUUUGUGCAGCCCGCGUUCGCAUGGAAGUUCAAGGCGUGCUUCGAGGGUCGCCAGCUGGGCGCCCCAGGUGCCACUGGCGUCGCCAGCGUGGUGCCCGCCACCCUGCAGGGAUACGAGGCGAACCUCGAGCACCACACGCGGCGAGGCGCGCCGGCCCAUGCGGGCCUCGCGCCGACGGGCCCGCUGCUACUGCGGCAGGCCCCCUCCGCGGCCGCGGCCGCGGCCGCGACCAGACGGCAGCGGAAGCAGCCGAGGGCGCUCCCGGCGGCACCUCCGCAGCCGCCAGCACACCCGGCGGCGACGCCGGUCGAGGAUUGCCGGCGCGACUGCGCGCGCGGCGCGGCCGAGCGCUGCGCGGCGGCCCCUGCCGCGAGGAGCGGCAGGGACCCCCCGCAGGCCGCAGGCAGGCCGCGCCGAGCCAGCGACGCCGCCGCGUCCGAGGCCGCGGCGCCAGGCGCCGCCGACGAGCCCCAGCCCAGCCCGCGCGCGUGGAGCGCGGGGGGCCCGGUGCCUUCGGCCGCCCCCGCCGCGAGGAGCGGCGGGGCCCACGGCCACCCUCCGAGGAGGGGCGCUGGUCGGCGGCGUGGGCAGCAGCAGGGGGCCAAGCGCAGCGUCCCCGCGGGCAGGCGUUCCUGCCACGCCUGCGGUUGCCACGCGGAGCCGGACUUCCGGUUCUGCCUGUACUGCGGCGCAGCCCUUGGGCCUCCUGCCUGA